GCUGCUGCUGCUGCUGCUGCUGCUGCUGCUGCUGCUGCUGGUGCUGGUGCUGCUGCUGCUGCUGGUGCUGCUGCUGGUGCUGCUGCUGCUGGUGCUGCUGCUGGCUGCUGCUUUCUGCUGCUGUGCUGCUGCUGCUGCUGCUGCGCUGCUCCUCGUGCUGCUGGUGCUCCUGGUGCUGCUGCUGCUGCUGCUGCUGCUGCUGCUGGUGCUGCUGCUGCUGCUGCUGCUGCUGCUGCUGGUGCUCCUCGUGCUGCUGCUACUGCUGCUGCUGGUGGUGCUCCUCGUGCUGGUGCUGCUGCUGCUGCUGCUGCUGGUGGUGCUCCUCGUGCUGCUGCUGCUGCUGCUGCUCCUCGUGCUGCUGGUGCUCCUGGUGCUGCUGCUGCUGCUGCUGCUGCUGCUGCUGCUGCUCCUCGUGCUGCUGGUGCUCCUGGUGCUGCUGCUGCUGCUGCUGCUGCUGCUGCUGCUGCUCCUCGUGCUGCUGGUGCUCCUGGUGCUGCUGCUGCUGCUGCUGCUGCUGCUGCUGCUGGUGCUGGUGCUGCUGCUGCUGCUGCUGCUGCUGCUGCUGGUGCUGGUGCUGCUGCUGCUGCUGCUGCUGCUGCUGCUGCUGCUGGUGCUGCUGCUGGUGCUGCUGCUGCUGCUGCUGCUGCUGCUGCUGCUGCUGCUAGUGCUCUCAAAUGUCAUUUAGUGCCACCAGAGUGCUCUCAAAUGUUAUUCAGUGCCACCAGAGUGCUCUCAAAUGUCAUUCAGUGCCACCAGAGUGAUUUCAAAUGUUAUUCAGUGCCGCCAGAGUGCUCUCAAAUGUCAUUUAGUGCCACCAGAGUGCUCUCAAAUGUCAUUCAGUGCCGCCAGAGUGCUUUCAGAAGUCAUUCAGUGUCGCUAGAGUGCUACCAGUGCCGUUUUUUGUCAAAGCCAAGCAGAUGGCACCAGCAGAUGGCACCAGCAGAUAGCACCAGCAUCAACACAUGGCGCCAGUAG